GUUUGGGCCCGGCCCACACUCAAAACAGCUCGUAUUGACUAUUUUUGGGACUCUCUCCGUCUCUUUGUCUCUCUCUCUCUCUCGCACAAUUGGGUGAGUGGAUAUUUGGUGGGCAUCGGAGUAGAAGGUACAGUAGACUACUCCAUCUGCACGCGCCGCCGCGGAUGGCGUACUCGUCCUUAUUCCUCUGUCUACCAGCUUCUACUCCCAAAGCGGAGUUGAUAGCUUCAACCUCGUCGACAUUUAUGACUUCUUCUACAAUUACAAACGCCCUUUCUCCGCUGCCGUCUUUCCCGAGUAGCCGCAGCUCAAUCGUGGCGCGUGGCCGCCGGAGAUCAUUGAUUGUGGGUAUGGCACCUGAAGAAGAGAAGAUGACUCGCCGUUCGCCUCUUGAUUUCCCCAUUGAGUGGGAUAGGCCAAAGCCUGGAAGGAGACCUGACAUAUUCCCGCAGUUCAGCCCUAUGAAGACUCCCUUACCACCACCCAUGCCGGCUGAUCCUGAGGAAGAUGAAGAAGAGGACGAAGAGAAAAAGGAAGAAGAGGAGGAAGACCCUGAGAAGGAGGAUCCCGACAAGCCAGAUCAGUAGCAUUGGUGCGGUUUGCAAUUCCAAAACCACCCAUUGCAUGAAAUCUUGAAUGGAGCAACUGGUAAGGCUACACCAUCUUAGUUCGUUUUUGUUCCAAAUGACUGCUUGCCAAAUAGUUGAGUAUUCUGCAAGGAUCUGGAUAUAUUUGUAGGCAGUAUAUCUUUCUUCAACUUAAAUGAAUGAUGAAUAAUGAUUUCUAUUUGCAA